ACAGGAAUUUUACAGUGACCAGAUUCAAUACAGAAUCUUUCGUUGUAGAUCUCGCCUUUAUACUCAGGAUUGUGGACUGAUGACAACUUAAAAACACAAACAUUUGGAUUGUUUUUUAUAUUGUUUAUUGUAGGCCUAUUGACUACUGUUUCGAGAGGACGAACAUCAAGAUAAAAUUGGAGUAAACAACGUAUGCCACAGACGGUUACCAUCCAGACUGACUGACCAGCGUGAUUCCUCUCCUCUUUUCAUCGUGAUGGAGGGGAAACUAUUCAACCUUUCAUAGGAAUAUCAAAGACGCCAUUCAACUUGGGAAUGUAGUAAACAUGGGAAGCGGGAAAAGCAGAGGGAAAAGGGUUGCACCUGCGUCUGAAACCGACGCUGACGAGGUUAAUAAUGAUUCUGAACAAGCCGAGGGGAACAUCAAAAGUUCGUUAGAACCCAUUAGAGUUCAGGCAUACACUAACUUAAGUUUGGCUAAUAAAAAGCAUCCCGACUGUCAGAGCGAAGGGCAAAAUUCCGAAUGGUCCACAGAAGGUGAGCUGGAGGAAAUCCUUGCAGAAUCAAACGAACAGAAAAGUGAUCUACACAUAGACAGUUCUGUUAAGAAACAGUUCUUCAGCGCAAAAACAUUUGGCUUGUGUAAUUACAUACGGGUGCGAAAUGAUAAACAUGUGGCCUCAACUCACCAAUUGCCAAAAGCCGGACUCCGCAGUGGGUCGUGCCGUCACGCACUAUCUGAUAUGAGCGUAAAAGAGCAACAAGUCUCCAACAAGCCUGUGGGGAAAACCUCAUGGACCAGCACGAGUCAACAGCAAGAUUGGUCGGACAGCGUGACUCCAGGAACUCAAUCCAAAGAUGCUGUCUUAGAUGCAGAGACAUGUGAUGGUCCAUCACUCGACAAGUCUGUCAUUUUAUAUGACGCCACAGAAGAGGACCUCAUGAAAAACAUUGAAAGGGAAUUUAGUUAAAUUGAUGCAGUUGCAUUGAACAGAACAUUUAGGUUUACAGUAAAAUUCCCUAGCCUAAGAUUAACAUUUAACGCUAACCUAACGUAGGCUACUGUUUAAUGUUACGGAAUGAAGAACAUAUUACAUCAGUUGUUAUCAGACGAUCUGUAAUUGUUUUGUUUUUGCAUAUGCAAAAUAUUGGCAAUUGCUUCUCCAGUGGGAACUUUACGCGUGCUCUUUCCAUGUUGGAAUGCUUAGGCCUACAUUUAAGUUUCAUUUCCUGUACUGUUAGAAGACCCUCCACCCUUCCCCUGGAAUUCGCAUAAACUCAGGCGGAUUAUGGGCUGCCUGCCGUUGAUUCGCUCACUGUGAUUUAUUUGGAAUCAUUCUAAAACAUUUUUACCAUCUUUUCCCAGUCAUGACAGGGAAUAUUCCAAAGUAGACAUUUUCAAUUAAAAUAUGAUCUUAUUUAAUAAAAGUUUCAGUUAGACCUAGGCUACACAAAAAACGUAGACGUAGAUUAGGUCAUGGGAGUAGCGCAUGGUCUCAUUACGAACUACCUAGGCUACCACACAUGCAGGCUACCUGUUAGACCUGCUGAUUAUAGACCGAUUGAUUAAAUAUGUCUUAUAGCCUAGCCAAAAUUCUUUCUAGGCCUAUCUCCAAUUCUCUUUUUCAACGCUCAAGACACAACACUGUAAGAUACCACGGUGUGUCGCUGUUGGAUCAAAAGUGAAAAUACACAACUUUAUGGUGGCAAUUUAUGACGUGUGCUGGGAAGUCGGUCAGUGUGGCAAGGGGCCGGCAUCAGUUGAUAUUUUUAUUGGUUGCAUCUCCCGUAGGCGUACGCCUGACGUUUUUAAAAUAAAGUUCGGAUGAUGUUACAGGACGUAUGUGAACUGAAACUUAUUGUAUGUCAACAAGUUUUUAUUUAGUGGUACUUAUUGUAACCUACUCAGAGGUGAUUUGUUCACCCAUUCUCCAUACUCUCAUCAUCAGAGACAAAUAUUGGCUUAUUAGACGUUGGUAUAUUUGCAUUAGAGGACAAGUUAUGAAAAAAGCUUUUGUGCAGCAUUCGCAUAGGGUCAGCCCCCAUUUGACUGGUUGUCUAUAUUCCACAUAAGUACUUUAUGUUGCUGCUCCUAACGAGUGAGGCUAAUGUAGCCUAUAGGUUACACGCCUUUCUCACAUAAUCGGUGUUGCCUAGUCUAUAUUUGUCUUCGUCCAUAUUUCUUCAGUAUUAAUGUCACCACACUGCAGCUGACUGGACAGAUCUUGUCCUCGCUCUAAACUGUCUUGAGUAAAGUAUGUCAUAUGCCAUAGGUUCUACAAUAAAUGUUACAUCACCAGA